AUGCAGCUGGCUACAUUCGGAGUUCACCUAUAGCUAAGUUUUUCUAGACUUUAUGGCUUGCAAUUUACACUGCUAUGAAUGAAUGAAGGAUGAGUUCUAGUACCACAAAUGGGCUUAUCUCCUUCCGCGCCUGAGACGUUCUGGUCCAUAUGCACGGAAUCGGACUUUGCAUUGAAAGAUAGUACCACUACCGACUUAGAGCGUCGAGGCCAGUUUUCCGCUUGCUCCCAUGUUCAGACUGGUCGACAUCGGAAAGCACAGCACGUUUCGGUUGUUAUUUCUGAUUUGAGGGGACUGAGUCUAAGUGGGCGGUGUCGUAGGCAGGUCACCACCCUCUAUUGGAAUAGCGGUGUCGGGAUGGUUGCAAUUACUUAUAUGGAAUCUCCUCAUCAUUUGUUUUGCGACUGCCCUGUUUUUGAGGCCAACCGAGUGUCUACUUUGGCUGGCAUCUCUUGCUUAUCACAAGAAGUUUUGGAGGACGUCCCAUUAGUUGUUCGUUGCAGGGUGUGUCAGGCUAUUCCUUCAGAUGAUUCCGCUGUAUCCUGGCCCCUUGGGUGGAAUAGAUGGUUUUUGGGCCACACACCAUUAUUAAAGCGGGAUUUCCCAUCACUUCCGGAUAGGGUGAUUGCUGGGCAGGACUCCAGCCUCUAUGACAAGCAAACAAUAUACUUAGUUGCUCCCAUGUCUUGACAUGUCUACGUCGCACAGUGACGUUCCAUCCUCUGGGAUAACGAGGCCACCGUCAUCGCCUACGGGAAGCCGUUUCCUUCAGCUAGCGGAUAUAUCCUCAAGCAGGACCCGAUCUCGUUCUCGCAGCAGGCCGCAGUCACCAUCUGACGAAGCUCAAUAUUUGACGCACCGUGUUCGACACCAUGAGACCCUCAUACCACCCGAUUCGCAAGGCUGGGUGCGUCACCACAGCCCAGA